UGGGGGAGGGGCAGGUAUAACUUCCCCAAUAAAAGUGUCAAGUGGUCUUGCACCUUAGAUUUGUUGGUUGCACACACGCAGCAAAAAAGAAUGUCAGAUCUAGGGGAGACAACGUUCGAGCCCUCGGGUUCCGAUGUGUCCGCUCAACCAUCGCCCCCUCCGUACGAAGAACCGAUACAGCAAGAUCCGCCGCCCUACUCCCAAGACUUAGUAGUGGAACAUGAUGAACCCAAAGGUGAAACAAUGGAAUGCAACGUGGCAGAGGGUGACCAGCCCUGCCCCGAAAUGAAAGCGGAGGGUCAGUCUGAGGAAGUCCCGUUGGCAGAGACGUCGGCUUUCGACGACAAGACAGUCAGGAGAGCGUUUGUUCGCAAGGUGUUCAGCAUCCUGACCCUGCAGCUGGUGUUCACAUUCAGCGUGGUGAGCGUGUUCACCUUCUCGAGUGUGGUGAAGAAGGCGGUGCAGAGGAACAUUUGGGUUUAUGUUAGCUCCUUCAUCAUCUUCCUCGUGGUCUGCAUUGCUCUGAACUGCGCCAAGUCCCUCCGACGCAAACACCCCUGGAACAUCAUCGGUCUGGCCAUUGUGACAGUGAGCCUGUCGUACGUGGUGGGCACCAUGGCAUCCUACCACGACACUCGCGCUGUCAUCAUCACCAUGGCGACCACCUUGGUCAUCUCCCUCACCAUCAUUGCCUUCUCGGCGCAGACGCGCUACGAUUUCUCCUGCUGCUACGGCCUGCUGCUCAUCCUGGCGGUGGACUUGCUGAUGUUUGCAUUUUUCAGCAGCUUCUACUACGCGUACAUACCUCAGGUUUGCUACGGCUGCUUAGGCGCCCUGGUGUACUCUCUGUUCCUGAUGUGCGACUGCCAGCUAAUGAUGGGCGCGCUGAGCUAUCGCCUGGACCCCGAGGAGUACGUCAGCGCGGCUCUCAUUAUCUACCUGGACAUCAUGCUCAUCUUCAUCUACCUGAUGGGGAAGCACUGAAACCUGCACAACUCCCCCUUCUCUCGACCUUCCGUUCUGCUUCUUUUCCUGCUUCUCAACAGUUAUUACAGCAUUUGUCAACGCAUUACAAGCAGACAUUUUGUGGCUCUGAAUGAAAACUGUCCAGUUCUUAAGCAAUGCAAAAUGGCCUCUUCAAAUAUCAUUUUGGAGUUCAAAUUUA